AUGUCUGAAAACAACCAAAAACAACCGAAAUCUCAUAAUGGACUUCCAGUAUGGAUGUUAGGCCCUGAUGAUGAAAAACAGGCCAGGAAGAAUCUAAGAAAGAUGUCUAACCAAAAAUGUGAGCAGCAGAUCAAGGCAUUCGUUGAAUGUUCUAGGCAACAAGGUGUGAAGGUAUUCCCUAAGUGUAAUAGCUUGAGGAACGAAAUGUCGGAAUGUUUAAUGCCCUUUCUAAAUGAUCCAAAAUUCCUUGACGAAGAAAGGGAUAAGAUAGUUCUUCUGAAGAUCCAGAAGCUGGAGAAGCAACUUCAGGAGCGCAAAGGCUAG